AUGUUGCGUCUCGGAUGGCUACUGGUCAUCCUGAGCGCCAGGUGCGCUUGGGGUGACUUCUUGCCUAUAGAUGAGCGUUGUGUGACGGCCAUUUACUCGGCCUACAACUACAUUUCCUUUGCGGGGGAACCGGCCACCGGGAUGUGGGAUACCCGGUGCCAGAAUCCCCUUAAGGUCACAUCCAUAUAUGCCGCUUCCGAAAUAUACUGUCGCGAUGUGGAUCGGGCGGCCGGUCUUGCGCAGCUGGCUAGUGAAUGUGAGGAGUUCGGCCAUCGCGAGUUGCUCCCGAGGGAGGCUGUCGCGGAAAAUCUGAAUGAAGAUGUGAUCCGCAAUUUACGGACGGUGAGCUAUUUGGAAAUGUCUUGGGAUGAAGUGGCGGAUGAACCGAUCAUGAUAUCCGCAUCAUUUUUCAACCGGAUGCACAACACUAUCGAUUCCUGGCAGUUUGAGACCUGGUCCCACCAUGCAUUUGGUUAUAUCGGGUACGCGUACUGGGGUGUAUUGAUCUUACUGGGAAUGUGCUAUCGUUUAUGCCGUUGGGCCAUUCAUCAUCGAAAACCUCGGAUGCAACGCGGAGUCGAAUCGCAGACAUACCCGCUGCUCAAUAGAUGGCGGGCUAUUCCCUUGGUCGGACACACUAUACAUUGGCUGCAGACACAUCUGAUCGUGUCAGCUCCACUCGCCUCACGAGGCCGAGAGAUGCUUCUAUGUACAUUCUCAAACCGAGCAGAGGCCCUUGCCGUAGGCGGAUUCUGGAUCCUUAGUAUCGUGUUGAGCCUGGUCGGAUACCGGACAUUUGAGGGGAAUAUCUACUGGGCUGAUGUCACGAGUCAAAUCCUCCGGUAUGCGGCGGAUCGAACCGGCAUCAUGGCAUUUGCCAAUUUGCCCUUAUUAUGGCUCUUUGGCGGGCGUAACAAUAUCUUGAUCUGGGCUACAGGCUGGAGCUUUGCAACGUAUAACAUAUUCCAUCGCCAUGUAGCUCGUGUGGCGACUUUUCAGGCCCUGGCACACGCCGCUUUUUAUCUAGUGAUCUACUUCAGGGCAAAUAAAAUGUGGAAAGUCUUUUACAAGACUUAUAUCCUUUGGGGAAUUAUAGCCGUCCUUGUGAUGUUUUUCCUACUCUUAACAUCGUUAGAUCGACUUCGGUUUUCAAGCUACGAAAUAUUCUUGAUCAUACACAUUGUGCUCUCGGGUUUUACUCUUGUCGGCUGUUUCUAUCACACCACCAUCUUUGAAGGGCAUGAAUACUGGCAAUAUCUAUGGCCCUCCGUUGGAAUCUGGGCUUUUGACCGAUUCUUACGUAUGGUUCGCUUAUGCUAUUGCAAUAUGCACGUUGGCAUCACUGGAGGCAAUCUGAUCCGUACUUCCUCGAGUCAAAUGACCUACGAUGAGGAAACGGAUGUAGUCAGGUUGGAAGUAUCGCUUGCCACUCCCCUCAUCCACCCCACACCUGGUGACUAUUUCUUCCUGUACCAACCUUUUCGUUGGACUGGCUGGGAAAGUCACCCAUUCACCGUCGGCGCCUGGUCAUCUCAUCUCAGGUCGAUGUCAUCAUCGUCCAAAAUGUUGAGAAAAUCGAGCGAAUCCUUGAGUGUCUCUCAAAUGCCUCUGUUGCCCAGUGGAUCACAGGGCCGGGAAGAUCUGAUGCCCACAGAGGAACCCAGUACAGGCAGCAAUAUACCUCGUUUAAAAGCGAUUUUUUGGAUCCGACCAUAUGAUGGCUGGACCCGACAUCUGCGCCAGCAAUGCCUCCGCGCAAAGUCUCAGCCCGUCAACACGACCAUCCUCCUCGAAGGUCCAUACGGACAUCACUUCUCACUUUGGAAAUACGAAUCCGUAUUGAUCAUUGUGGGGGGCACAGGAAUCGCAUCAGCAGUGCCAUACCUCCAAGAUCAUCUGCGACGAUCAGGACACGACUGGGAAGAGGGAUCCGAGGAAAAGACCCGCAUCCGAGACAUCGAACUGAUCUGGACAGCAAAGCAGGUUCCCUUUCUCAAGGAUGUAGCUAGCAGGGAGCUGAAACCCCUCCUACUCCGCGAAGACUUCCAAGCUUCUUUCUAUACCACUGGAUCCUCUACUAUAUCCUCGGAGGAUGUUACUGACCUCGGGUAUGAGAUUACCCCAGGGAGGCCCCACUUGCAGUCGCUCAUUAUGAGCCGAGCAUGCGAUGCCUCCUCUGCUGAAAUAUCACUGGCCGUUUUGGCAUGCGGUCCCGUCGGAAUGGCUGAUGAGGCUCGAGCCGCUGCUCACCUCGCUAUGCGACAAGGGUACCGGAUCAAGUAUGUAGAAGAGUCAUUUGCAUGGUAG